GUAAAAGUGAAAUUAAAAGUUCAAACAAUAUUUGAAGCUUUACUUCGUAAACGGGUUAUGGCUUCGGAGACUCAAAAAGUAGUAGUUCAUCUAAGAGCCACCGGCGACGCACCGAUUCUCAAGCAAUCCAAAUUCAAGUUCGUCUAUCUCAACAGCGCCUUCUCAUCAAAUCCUGAUGAACUAGUCACGGACCUAUAUAACAACUUCGGUUUUGAUGGUAAAUUGGUGGUGAAUUAUGCGUGUUCCAUGGCAUGGGGAUGACUACGACCAAGAUCACAUUACUGUAUAUAAGGUAUGUGUCCUGUUUAGGACCAGGAGAUUGCUAUUCAAUUCCCAUUGGUGCAAGGUUUCGCUGUAGUUCGUGUUGCAUUCAGCUGGCGAAACCGAUUGUGUAGGACUUGCAAUGGGGAUUUUGAAUCUCUUUCUUUUGGCUUCUUUGCAUCUUCUCUAUUAGUAUUAGCUGCAGAUGGUUCUACAAAAUUGAGUUCAAAACUAUCUUAAAGCAUUGAGCGUAUCAUAGUUUACAAAAUUGUAAUAUUUAAAACUAUCCCUAAACACCAUUUUCUUUAAUAACCCAAAUUGAAAUCGGUGGGCUCUAGUUUAGGUGAGCGCACCGUGCAAUAUAUGACUGGUUUGUUUCAUGCAUAGAGUGAGACGUAGGGAGUAAUAUAGUUUCAGAUUCUUUUCAUCUACAUGACUUUUUUUUUCAAAAAAAUAAAAUAACUCAAGCAAAUGCAUAUAUCCAUUAAAAAUAUGAUAUAUAGUAUGGUACUCCCUCCCUCAUAAAAAUAUGAUGCCAAUUUCUACCUCCACAUUUUCUUUCACAGUCGACCCAUUGUGCAAUUUUUUUUUGUUAAAUGUAUACUAGUUUUAGUCAACCAUUUCUUUUGUGGAGAUUGUAUGUGUGUGUGAGAGAAAGCUGCUUCCACCAUUCUACAUUUAGAACUCUAUCUCUAUGAUUUGACAAAUGUAUGUUCGGUUCUUGAACUUUGUUGCAAGUAGAAAAAUACAAGGGCAAUAGAGUCUUCACACAACAUGGAAAAUUUAAGCUAGAAUACACCCAAUCAACGCCUAUUCCAGCCACCAGUAAUAAGAUCCCACGUGUCACACCCAUAUUCUUUUGCUAUAAUAAACACACAUACCAUCUACAAAUAAAUGAAACAUACUAUUGUCGACCUAUUUUAUUACUUUUCAUAUUUUUUGUGUAGUAAAAGACAUUUUAUGCAAGUCAAGUACAAUUGCAUAUUCACGUGGAUCAAAUAAUGAGACAUUAUUGUUAACUAAUUUAUAAAAUUUCUUAAUGAUUUUGAUCUAUGUAAACCUUAUUCUUAAUACAAAAAUGUAGAACCAAGUGUACGGAGGUCACUUUUAGUUCAUCACAAGCUUAUUUUUAUGUCAUUAUAGUAAGGAUGACAUAAAAUGAUCUUAACAUGACCUCAAACCCAAAUUUUAUAAUAUAACAUAAAACUGCUUUAUAAUAAUCCUUCGUGUUUUUGUUUAAUUAUUGACCUUUAGAUUGCCAAAUCUGUCUGGAUUUUGUAUUGAGAUUUGUUGUAUGAUCAUUUUCCUUCUUAAGUAUAUUCUAUAAUUUAACAUUAUUUUAGAAGUUCUAUCUUAAUAUUGUUGUCUUUCCCAUUCCAUAUUAAUAGAGUUAUUUUACUAUUUUGGAAAGUUUCAAGUUAAUUGAGUUAUUAUAUUUUCAACAAAAAGUAAUAAUCUCUUAUUUUAUUCUCUAUACUUUAUUCACAAGCCACUUCACACUAUUCUUAAACUCUAUGUCAAAAACAAACGAUUCAAUUAAUAAGAAAUGAACGGAGUGUUAUACUAUAAUUAUGCUUCAAUCAAAUUAAAAAGUCCAAUUUUAGUAAUUUAUUUUCAAGUAUUAUUGUCAUUUGAGCUUUGAAAGCUUAACAGUCUGUUAUCCAUAUAAAAAAUUGGAAAAAUGAGAUAUAAACUAAUAGAUAUAACAUACUAGCUCAUACAGUUUAGCUACUAACUUUUUUGUCGACUAUUUGGAUUUCAAAGCUCCUAUGUCCUUUAAUUUUUGGAUUUCAAAGCUCCUAAGUCCUUUAACUUUUUAUUGCACAACAUCAAUAAUAUAUUGUUGUUCAAAAUUACAUGUUGAGCACAAUACAAUUUGAACUGAAACUACUAAACCUAUGUCACUAAUGAGAUGUGCCUCUUAUCGGUGGCGGAUCGGGAGAGGGAGGGGGCCUAUCCGAACGUAAAAUUGUCAUGGUCGGCGGCGGAGAUGGCGGCGCCGAAGCGGCGGCGGAAGACAACAAUGGCGGCGGCGGUGGAAGCGGUUGCUUGCCUCUUCAUAUUCCAUCUGUGCCUCUGCGCUCUGAGAAUUAUUGGAGAUAUGACAAUGAAAUGAAUGGAUCAAACCCAAAUGAAGAAGUCCCAAAAUUCGAAGAUUUCUUGGGCUGUUGCUACUCAAAUUCACCUCAAAAUGAACCGGGAGAGAUCAACAUGAACAUGCCGCCAAAUUUCGAUGAUCAAAAGAGGGAAGAAGGCUUCAACAAUCCGCCUCUGUUUUACCCGCCGUAUCAGUACGCCUCCGCCGGAGCUUACUUCGGCGGCGGUGAAGGGCUCAAGACAUGGCUGGAGAAGCCGGCGGCGGAGGGCGGCGAUCGUCAGGCUCUUUCUCUGACCGUGCAUCCGAGCUCUCAGGUGGUGGCGCCGCUGCAAGCGGUGGCGGAGGGGAAGAAACGGGCGGUGGCGAAGUCCGGGGCGGCGAAGGAAGCCGUGCCGAGAAAAUCGAUUGAUACUUUUGGGCAGAGAACUUCUCAGUAUCGCGGCGUUACUAGGCAUAGAUGGACAGGUAGAUAUGAAGCUCAUUUGUGGGACAAUAGUUGUAGAAAGGAAGGGCAGACAAGAAAAGGAAGGCAAGUGUAUCUUGGGGGAUAUGAUAAAGAGGAGAAAGCUGCUCGGGCUUAUGAUCUUGCCGCCUUGAAAUAUUGGGGACCAACUACUCACAUAAAUUUCCCACUAAGUGACUACGAGAGGGAGCUCGAGGACAUGAAGAGCAUGACUCGGCAAGAAUUUGUAGCCCAUUUGAGAAGGAAAAGCAGUGGAUUCUCGAGAGGGGCAUCGAUGUACAGGGGAGUAACAAGGCAUCAUCAACAUGGGAGAUGGCAAGCCAGAAUUGGAAGAGUUGCAGGCAAUAAGGACUUGUACCUUGGUACUUUUAGCACGCAGGAGGAAGCCGCGGAAGCCUAUGACAUUGCCGCGAUCAAGUUUAGAGGGACGAGCGCGGUCACAAAUUUUGACAUAAGUAGGUACGACGUGAAGAGGAUCUGCUCGAGCUCGACCCUGAUUGCGGGCGACCUAGCCAAGCGUUCCCCGAAACACCCGGGGCUUGCGGGCGUUGAAGACUACAACUCUUGUGCUUCGUCGGCUUCGCCUCAGGCUCCAUUGCUGAUAACCAAUGGCGAGGAGAGAGGCGAAGCUGAGGAGCUUGCUGACAUGAUGUGGAAUGCCCACCCAGACGACAAUCGGGCCACCAAGGAUGACACACAACCGGGCCAGGGACAGGGGAGUGGGGAAUCGCCGGGCCCACACAUGAGCCCGCCCCGGAUGGACCAGGUGAUCGGAGAUGGGGGUGGAUAUUCGCGGGGAUAUUUCUUGGAGGGACAGAAGUACGUGGAUGUGGGGUGCGAUCUCGGUGGUUCGGGCCGGGCCGGGCCUGAUGUGGGAUUGGUGCAAGAGGCUCCUACAUUUGCUUUGUGGAGUGAGUGAAUGGUAUUCAGACAAGACUUAGAUCAUGCAUGAUAGGGUUGGUGUUAGGAUUUUGUCCACUUUUGUAGGAAAUACAAACUUAUUGUGGCUCAAGUGAUAUAGAUGGGACAAAAGGGAAGAAGAUAUUGCAAUGGAUGAUGUGUUUUUUGUGUAAGUUGAGAAAUGAAACCAAGUUUUUGUUGGUUAUUGAGAGGCCAAUAGUAGGACUUUGUCACUUGGUGUAUAUUUAAAUUGAAAUUGCUACCUUUUCUUGGUAAUGUUCACACAUUCAAUCAUACUAAGAUUUGAAAAUUGUAUCUA